AGUUAGCAGACGGAAGUUCCUGAAAUCUGAGUCGCGUGAUUUUUUUAAAGUUUAUUGAUAAAAAGAAAAAACUGGCAUAUAUAUAAAAAAAAAAAAUGGAGAUUGUAGAUUUAAACAUAAAACCAUAACCGUGACACAAAUUACGACGCUGGCAAGUUCACAACACAUUUGAUAAAAGAAUAUAUAGCAUGUUAGAAUAAAAUUGACCAGUUUUUGACUAAUUCAUUUUUUUAUAUUUAGACAAAUACAUAUAGAAUAGUAAUACCGAAAAUGGUGCUAAUUUGGUGUUUACCACCCUAAGUGGAGAAAAUCAUUAUGCAAGAAUGGUCUUUGGUGUAUGUUUACUGUAUAUCCUAAUAUUUAUUUGCUGUUGCGGAGCUAAAAAGCCUUGUCCGGCAGCUAUUCCAAUCGAAGACAUUCAGAAUGCAUUUCUAGCAUCUAAGAUUGUUUAUGAAGAUAAUCUACAAAUCGGAAAAAUUAUUCCGUAUUCUGGAUUCCAAAUCAAAAACGUGGAGCAAGAAUACUUUACCGAAGGCGGCGCUGGAAUUAAAGUGUUGUUGGCUGAGAAGGGUUACACAACAAUUGUUGCAUUUAGGGGCACAGACGGCCCUGAUCAAUUAGGCCAGCAGCUGUUUUCAUCCCUAAAAAAUUUUCAUGGUUCGGCAGUAACAUUUGGCGGUACAAGGACGAGCGUUAAUACCUUUUUCUGGGAAGCUUUUAAGUUACUUCUACCAGGCAUACGAUCAAAAUUACAAGAUCAAGCAAGGAAGUAUAUCAUAACAGGACAUUCCCUUGGAGGCGCAAUGGCAACCAUUUUGUCAAUAUUUAUGAAAGACGAUGGUGGUAACAUGUGGGAAAAUCCAGCAAGUUGUUUGAUAACCUUUGGUGAGCCAAGAGUUGGAAAUGGAGCUUUUGCUAAAAAACACGAUGAAAUGAUUGCUCCAUCUCGAAAAUUACGAUUUGUUAAUAAUCUAGAUCCAGUUCCACAUAUUCCACUUUGGCCAGCUGCUCAGCACCAUUCUAGAGAGAUUUGGAUGACAAAAGGAUUGUGGACCAGGAGGGAUUACUGGAAAGUGUGCAAAGAAAUGGACCCGUUAAGUUGUAGUAAUUUAUGGACGGUAUUUCCGCGCGUAAAGGAUCACGAAAUGAAAGAAUACGAAGAUAAAAUUAUGACACCACCGAAGAAAUUUUACGAUAAAAAUUCCAAAAUUUAUUAUAGAUGGCUCAAUACGUUGCGUAAUUCUUGUUGAAAGUGAUAAUUUAGGACUAAAAAUAUAUGCACUGGAAGGGUGAAAAUCAUAUACCUCACGGAAGGCAAGGAAAACUUUCUUUCGAUUUGCUUGAACAAGUAGCGAAGUCGUCAUCAAACUGUUUUACAGUGCAAUAUAAUGCUGUAAAUGGUAUUGCAACACUCGUAUAACGCCAUGUAAAUAGAGCACCAUAUUCACUUUCUCACUGCAUUUCAUGAAGUUAUUACAGUAA